AGGGUUGUGCGCGGAGCGGGAGAGGAGAGUGCAAUGUGAGUGCUCCAGGCGCCUGGCUGGGGCAAAACUCCUGCCUCUUCCCUCCGUUCCUUCCACCAGCCUCUCCCUUUUCCUCUCUGAAACAACGGGUCUUGUUUUCCCUUUCUAAUGGCCCCAGCUCCACAUUGCUUGGGGUUUCUGCUCCUCCUGGCUUUCUGCUUCUCCUCUGCUGAAUCACAGCUCCGAGACUGGAUUUGGGGCAGCUCAAAGACCAUGGGAAGCCCAGUAGCACCUGGUGAGGGAACCGCAGCGCUGGAGCUACUCACCACCACAGCAGAUGUCACGCCCAGCAUGUCCCCAGCGAUGCAGGGCAGCAAGGCAGUAGGGGACGGUGCUACCCUACAGCACUGGGAGCAGGAUCCUGGCACGGCAGCGCCUACGGGCAAGGGGACUGCGGCUGAAAACACCACACAGUGGGACAGGAAAGCCAUGGGGCUGUCAGAGAGCACGGCACGACCAAGCAUUGCUCCUCCCAGCAGCACAUCACCUGCCCCUGGCCAGGACGCAGCCAGUAGCUCCACCAUGGACAGACAGCUCCUGGGGACAGGGACCACUGAGGACCUGCAGCUCUUGGGGACAGGGACCACCGAGGACCCACAGCUUCUUGGGGUGGGCACCACCAAGGAGCCACAACUCCUUGGGAUAGGGACCACUAAGGACUCACAGCUCCUGGGGAUGGGGACCACUGAGGACCCACAGCACCUGCGGAUGGGAACCACAGAGGACCUGCAGCUUCUGGCGAUGAGAACCACGGAGGACCCACAGCUUCUGGGGAUGGGGACCACCAAAGACCAGAAGCUCCUGGGGACUGGAACCACCAAGGACCCGCGGCUUCUGGGGACAGGGACCACCAAGGACCAGAAGCUCCUGGGGAUGGUGACCGCUGUGGCAGUGGGGACACUGGUGCCCUUGCAGAGACCAGCAAGUCCCCGGCCAGGUAGUGCCCCUUUCCCUUUCUCACCAGGUGAUGGUACCCUUGAGAAGGCGGUGCUGCCGCAGGAUCCCAUGACACAACCACCACGACGCCGUGACACAGCAUCACCUGCCCCACUAAACCUGCGGCGCGGCACUGGCCACCAGGGGCUGGCACUGGCCAGUGUGAACGGGAGCUGGAGCUCUCCUUUAUCUAACAGGAGGGCAGCUAACGGUGUGGAUCCUCCUCUUGCCGAUAACUCCGGUCCUCUUGAAUUUGAUUUACUAACCGCCGCUACACAACUCUACAAUAGUAGCAGAAUGGGGCUUGCAUCCUUCUUACCCAGACUGACACUGCCAGCUGGCCGUUGCCUUCCCAUCCCGACCCACCUGCCCUUCUGCAGCGUGCUGGGCACCAAACAUUUCAGAUUACCGAAUUACCUCCGCCACAGCAGUGAGGCAGAAAUUCGGGCAGCUUUGCAUGAGUGGGAGGGGCUGCUUGGAUUGCGGUGCCAUCACUAUGUGGAGUGGUUUCUCUGCUUGCUCCUGCUCCCUGGGUGUAGCGCUUCAGUCCCCAUAACCCCCCCGCCAUGCCAGGGCUUCUGCGAGGCUGUCAGAGACCUAUGCUGGACGCACUUGGCUGGCGGGCACCUGCCUCUGCCUUGUGAUGCUCUCCCCAAGGAAGAUGAAGGGUAUUCUUGUGUUUUUAUUAAUGCUUCUGCAGAGAACCUGAGCACUGAGGUCAGCCUUCUGGAGCUGAUUGGAGACCCCCCACCAGAGGAGAUCCUCAAAAUUGAUGGUCCUGAAAACAACCCUGGCUAUGUCUUCGGUCCCAAUGCCAACACGGGCCAGGUGGCCCGGUACCACCUGCCGACCCCUUUCUACCGGGACUUUUCUCUCCUGUUCUACAUCCAGCCCACCACUCCCCGGGCUGGUGUGCUCUUUGCUGUCACAGACUCCACACAGAGCAUUAUCUAUGUGGGUGUCAAGCUCUCGGAGGUGCGGGCAGGCAAGCAGCAAAUCAUCUUCUACUACACAGAGCCAGGCUCACCAAGCUCAUACAUGGCAGCUAUCUUCACUGUGCCCAUGUUGCUCAACCAGUGGACACACUUUGCCAUCAGCGUGGAGGAGGAUGUAGUCAUCCUCUACCUGGACUGUGAGGAGCAUGAGCGGGUCCACUUUGAGCGCUCCCCAGAUGAGAUGGAGCUGGAACAUGGUGCUGGUCUCUUUGUUGCUCAGGCUGGAGGAGCUGACCCACAUAAAUACCAGGGUGUGAUUGCUGACUUGAAGCUGGUAGGGGACCCACGGGCAGCCGAGCGCCAGUGCGAGGAAGAGGAGGACGAUACUGAGGAGGUCUCUGGCGAUUUUGGCAGCGGGGCAGAAGGUGGACACCAGUCCUCAGGGAAGGUCAGAGGUAUCCCAGGCCUGGUGGAUGCUGUCCCCGUCACCUCCCCACCUGUGGCAGCGAGUGGCGGGUCAAGGGGCGGUGGUGGCUCUCCACAGCAAGCUGAGAGGACUGGAGCAGAGGAGACACUGCGGGUCUCUGGUGGAGGCACUGGCCCCAAAGGCGAAAAAGGGGAGAAGGGUGAACGUGGCCUGAAAGGGGACUCGGGGACUGGAGGCAUCGUGGAGAUGAGCAGUGUCAAGGGAGAAAAGGGGGAGAAGGGAGAACAGGGCAUUAAGGGCAGUGCUGGAUUUGGCUACCCUGGCUCCAAGGGCCAGAAAGGGGAGCCCGGUGACCCUGGGCCCCCCGGGACCCGCUUGCGUCACGCUGAUGGCUCAGGAGUGGAGCAGGUCACUGGUCCUCCAGGGCCACCAGGGAAGGAUGGAGCCCCCGGCAGAGAUGGCGAGCCGGGUGAUCCCGGCGAGGAUGGCAAACCCGGCAGUAUGGGGCCCCAAGGGUUCCCAGGGAUGCCCGGGGAGCCUGGGCUGAAGGGAGAGAAGGGUGACCCAGGCAUGGGGCCGAGGGGACCCCCUGGACCACCCGGACCCCCAGGACCCCCAGGAGCCUCAUCCAAACACGACAAGCUGACAUUCAUUGACAUGGAGGGCUCUGGCUUCGGUGGUGACCUGGAGAGCCUUCGGGGGCCGCAGGGGCCACCCGGUCCUCCAGGGCCACCUGGCGUGCCCGGUUUGCCAGGGCAGCCAGGACGGUUUGGGAUGAACCUGACUGACCUGCCUGGACCACCGGGGCUGCCGGGCAGGGACGGAACCCCUGGGCAAACAGGGCCGAUGGGUCCUCAGGGUCCUCCUGGAAGAGAUGGGGUGCCUGGGCAGCCAGGGCCCAAAGGAGAGCAGGGUGAUGUGGGUGAACUUGGCCUCCCCGGUGCACCAGGACCCAAGGGCAGCAAAGGAGAAACAGGACCAGCAGGAGCCCCAGGAGAGAUGGGUCUGGCUGGCCUUCCUGGCCCAAUUGGACCUCGAGGGCCGCCAGGGCCCCCCGGUCCCCCAGGACCACCAGGGCCGGGUUAUGAGGCUGGAUUUGGCGACAUGGAAGGCUCAGGGCUGCCAUUCACCCCUGGGUCCUCCGGACCACCUGGACCUGAAGGACCACAGGGGGUGCCAGGACUGCCAGGGGUGAAGGGGGAGGUUGGCAGCCCUGGGCAGCCUGGCUUGCUGGGACCAAAGGGAGAUGCUGGCGUGCCUGGCGUAGAUGGCCGCCCUGGCCUGGAAGGCUUCCCUGGGCCACAGGGACCCAAAGGUGACAGAGGCAGCCCUGGCGAGAAGGGCGAGCGAGGUCUAGAUGGUGUGGGGCUGCCUGGUCCCCCUGGUCCACCUGGUCCCCCUGGACAGGUCAUCACUGUCUCAAGCGAAGAUAAGUCUUUGGUGGCUUUGCCUGGUCCAGAGGGCAGACAGGGUCAUGCCAGCUUCCCGGGCCCGGUAGGACCGAAAGGAGAUCGGGGGUCGUCUGGUCCCCCGGGCUCUCCGGGGUUGAAGGGGGAAAAGGGGGAGCCUGGUGUCAUCAUCAGCCCUGACGGGACCGUGGUCACUACAAAGGUGAAAGGAGAGAAGGGGGAGCCAGGGCUACGGGGACCAAUGGGACCCUCAGGUCCCCAGGGACGACCAGGAAUGAAGGGAGAGAUCGGCUUUCCAGGCAGACCUGGACGUCCUGGCAUGAAUGGGCUGAAGGGUGAGAAGGGUGAUCCUGCGGAUGUCAGCAGCCUGCUGGGCUUGCGGGGUCCCCCGGGACCACCGGGGCCCCCAGGUCCCCCUGGGCCACCUGGCAGUGUAGUCUACGACAGCAGCAAUGCCUUCAGUGACUCCAGCCAUCCCGCACUGCCAGCCUUCCCUGGUUUUCACCAGUUUCCAGGACAAAAGGGAGAGAAAGGCGAUGCUGGAGCCCCAGGACCCCCAGGCCACUUCCCAUAUGACCUGAGUCACUUCAAUGCCAACCUGCGGGGUGACAAGGGGGAUGCAGGUCCCAAGGGUGAAAAGGGCGAGCCAGGCAGCACCCCACUCUAUGGUCCCAGCAUCUCUGGGCUUCCAGGACCACCAGGGCCCCAGGGGUACCCUGGACUGCCGGGUCCCAAGGGGGACAGUAUCGUUGGGCCACCAGGGCCUCCUGGACCUCAGGGCCCACCUGGUAUUGGAUACGAGGGGCGGCAAGGCCCCCCUGGCCCUCCUGGUCCCCCUGGUCCACCCUCUUUCCCAGGCCCCCACAGGCAAGCUAUCAGCGUCCCUGGUCCCCCUGGCCCACCAGGACCCCCUGGACCACCAGGCACCAGCGGGACAUCCUUGGGGCUACGCACCUUCCCGACCUACCAAGUGAUGCUGAGUGCCGCACACGAGCUGCCUGAGGGCAGCCUCAUCUUCCUGACUGACCGGCAAGAGCUCUACAUCCGCCUGCAUGGGGGCUUCCGACGGGUGCUGCUGGAGGAGCACACCCUGAUCCCUAAUUCAGCUCUGGACAAUGAGGUGUACGACAAGCCCCCCAGUGUCCACUAUGCUGGCCCCCAGCCACCCCUCCAGCCCCAUGCACCCCUGCACCCCCUCCGCAACCAUGGCCUCCCGCCUACUGCCCGACCCUGGCGUGGGGAUGAGGUGGUGGCCAACCAGCACCGUCUGCCCGAGCAACCCCUGCUCCACCACCAGCACGAGCUCCUCAACAGCUACUACAUCCACCGCCGUCCGGAUCCAGCCCCUGUGGCCGCACACGUGCACCAGGACUUCCAGCCUGCUCUUCACCUGGUGGCCUUGAACACCCCACUGAGCGGCAGCAUGCGUGGCAUCCGCGGCGCCGAUUUCCAAUGCUUCCAGCAAGCCCGGCAAGUUGGGCUGGCCGGCACCUUCCGCGCCUUCCUCUCCUCCCGCCUGCAGGACCUCUACAGCAUUGUGCGCAGGGCUGACCGUGCUGCUGUGCCCAUUGUCAACCUCCAGGACGAAGUGCUCUUCAGUAACUGGGAAGCCCUUUUCACGGGCAGUGGAGCCCCGUUGCGAGCUGGUGCCCGCAUCCUCUCUUUUGAUGGCCGGGAUGUCCUGCGGGAUGCUGGAUGGCCACAGAAGAGUGUCUGGCACGGCUCAGAUGCCAAGGGCCGGCGCCUGCCCGAGAGUUACUGUGAGACGUGGCGGACGGAGGAGCGCACCGCCACGGGCCAGGCUUCCUCACUGGGUUCUGGCAAGCUGCUGGAACAGGCAGCCAGCAGCUGCCAGCAUGCCUUCGUUGUCCUCUGCAUUGAGAACAGCUUCAUGACUGCUGCCAAAAAGUGA